UCUAUUUAUACGAGUCUUCGAGAGGGAAAGCGGUCUCAUCUUCGUGACUCUGUAUUCUCAGAGAAAUCCACAGAAGAGAAAGAGAUAGAGAAAGAGAGAGAGAGAGACGAAUGCGAGAGACGGAUGAGGGGCGAUUGCUGGAGCACGAAAGGCUUCAAAUGGAGCAGAUCCGUGAGCUCGACAUGGAGGAGCUCCAGGUCGAAGAGGUCGACAGCAACCACCACGGCGACUCCGAUGACGAUGAUGACUCCGCCUUCACCAGUCAUGGUUAUCGAGGGGCUGGUCCAGUUGGUGGCUUCACAUACAAUACUUGUUUGGCUUCCUUGCAUUCAUAUCUUGGUGAGGUUGAUGAUACUCAUGGAAGACUUUUGUUUUUGGACGGCGGUGCAAUCUUGAACCUUCCAAUGUUCUAUCUUGAAGGGGUUGUUUUGUUUCCUGAAGCAACACUCCCUCUUCGUGUUAUUCAACCACGAUUUAUAGCUGCAGUGGAAAAAGCUCUGAGCCAAUCUGAUGCGCCAUGUACAAUAGGUGUGGUUCGAGUUCAUUGGCAUCCAGAUGAUGGAAGACUUCGUUUUGCCUUGACUGGGACUACUGCAGAGAUAAGACAAUACCGCCGUCUAGAUGAUGGUUCAUUGAAUGUAGUUGCUCGUGGUCAACAACGCUUUCGACUAAGACGCCGCUGGGUAGAUGCUGAAGGAGCACCAUGUGGAGAGGUCCAAAUUGUUCAGGAAGAUACUCCAAUGAGAACACCAAAGGAAGCAUUUGCACGCUUAGCUUCAAUCAGCAACUUUCAGAGGCCCAGUUUUGCACAUGUUGCAUGUUCGAGUGGUUCUCCUUUUAAGCAGCAUGGGCAUGAGGACGCAGAAACUAGUUGGGACUGUAUGUCUUAUGGUAGCAUCACAAGUGAUCAUUCAAUGGACAUGAGAGUGUCGCUUUCACCAAGUGAUUCUGGUGAUUCUCCUUGUAUUUUUGAGAGAUCUGCUGAGCCAUCAAGUGUUGAUGAGGAAUUUAUGCAUGAGCAGAAUGGAAGGCACAAAAAUUCUGUUUCAAAAAUAUUGGGCAAAUCAAGUCAAUCUUGUAAGUAUGGAAUCGAGUGGUCCCCAAGAGAAAGGUCUGAUGAUGGUGAAAAAGUGGAAAGCAAUUUGGCCACUAGUGAGUCAAAAUGGCAAUUCAAUGCCCCAAUGACCUUUUUACCUUACUGGGCUUACCAAAUGUAUGAUUCAUAUUCACUUGCUCGACGAGCUGCAGACCUUUGGAGGAAGAUAAUAGGAAACCCAAGGUUAGACGACUAUGCAAGAAAGCCGGAUCUUUUGUCAUUUUAUAUUGCCAGCAAACUUCCAAUGUCUGAAGCAACAAGGCAGGAGCUGCUAGAGAUUGAUGGAAUUUCUUAUAGACUGCGAAGGGAAAUUCAAUUACUUAAUGGCUUCAAUCUUAUACGUUGCAAAAUAUGUCAGGUUUUAAUUGCUAAACGAAGUGAUAUGGUGGUAAUGUCUAGUGAUGGCCCCCUCAAUGCUUAUGUGAAUCCACAUGGUUUUGUUCAUGAGACCAUAACUGUUUGCUGUGCAAGUGGGCUUGAACUUCGUGGACGCCCUGUUAAAGAACAUAGCUGGUUUCCAGGGUAUGCAUGGACUAUUGCAGACUGUGACAUGUGUGGUUCAAACAUAGGCUGGCUGUUCACCGCCACAAAAAAGCAUCUUCUUCCAAAGUCGUUUUGGGGAAUCCGGAGUGCUUCGGUUGUAGAUGAUACACAUAAAGACAGAGAAUGAAGCAAAUUAAAAUACCAAAAGGGAGAAGUGAGUUUAAUGUUUGUCUUCUCUUUUUUGGUUCAAACUGUAGUAGUGUGUAAAAGUUAAAAACUGUGUUACUACUACUCUCUAUGUUGAUGAUGAUAUCUCGAGUAGGGCGGAGUUGCUUUUACGACUA